UAGUGUGUAUGCAUUAUCCUCUAUUCUCAUGAACAGCAAACAACUGAACUAUUGCUAUACAUUCCGAGAAGCUUUAGUUUCAAGACAUUGCUCCUUUUUGUUUUUCUGCCGACAUCACCGUACCACGAACACCCUCAGCAAUUCUUGUAACAAAGUUGUGAUGGCGUCCUGUUACUUCAAUCCUAUCCCUACUAGCUCUCAUCUCAUUUGUGCAGAUUUAUCUAGAAAAUUCAAGAUUCCAAAGCUUCUUCACAGGCACAAAAGGAGGUUUGAUGGAUCACCUAGGUCCUCAAAAAUUACUGCAUUUUAUGGCUUAAAGACACCUCCUUAUGAACUUAAUGCCUUAGAGCCAUAUAUGAGUAAGAGGACAAUUGACAUGCACUGGGGUGAAUAUCAUCGAAAUUUUAUAGAAGGUUUGAACAAACAGCUAGAAAAGGAUGAUAUACUAUAUGGUUACACCUUGGAUGAACUAGUCAAAGUGACAUACAACAAUGGGAAUCCGUUCCCCGAAUUCAACAAUGCAGCUGAGGUUUGGAAUCAUGACUUCUUCUGGGAAUCCAUGCAGCCAGGUGGGGGUGAUAUGCCCACACUAGGUCUCCUUCAACAGAUUGAAAAGGAUUUCGGAUCAUUUACAAAUUUUAGAGAGAAAUUUAUAGGAGAUUCCCUAACAUUAUUUGGUUCUGGUUGGGUUUGGCUAGUUUUGAAGAGAGAAGAGAAACGGCUAGCCAUAGUCAAAACUUCAAAUGCCAUUUGCCCAAUUGUGUGGGAUGACAUACCAAUUAUCAAUUUGGAUUUGUGGGAGCAUGCAUACUAUCUGGAUUACAGGUGUUUAGGAUUGAAGACAGCUUGUCAUUUGGAGAGAUCUUGUGAACUUAGAGCAGGAGGCAAGGAUUUCAAUGUGUAAUGAAAGAGAAAAACAAGCAUGUUCUUGGACUUACUAUAGCGUUAUUGUAUGAAAGUAUGAAUGUAAUUAUUAAUGUGGUAAGAGGCUAUUAAAAUUUUGAAGUGAACCAA